GAUAGCGAUUAUCGUUAUUGAGAAUUUUUCGAGAAUUUUCGUUUUCCAUUUUCUUCUUCUCUGUUGAGCGGUACGAAUUCUGAGAACGAUGGCUACGGCGCCGGAAAAAUCCGAUUCCGCUCCUGCUCCGGUACCGCCGCUGGCGUCAGUUGCCACCGGAGCUCCGAACGACGUUGCGGAGGAGAAAGAGAAGGCUGUGGUUCCAGUGCCCGUCGUUAAUAAAACCAAAGAUCCUGCACCAACUAAAGCUUCAGGUGGAUCAAUUGACAGAGAUAUUGCUCUUGCGGAGGUUGAAAAGGAAAAAAGGCAUUCCUUCAUCAAGGCUUGGGAAGACAGUGAAAAGACAAAGGCUGAGAACAAGGCACAGAAGAAGCUCUCUGCUGUAGCUGCAUGGGAGAACAGCAAAAGAGCCAGUCUGGAAGCCAAGUUGAAAAAAAUUGAGGAACAAUUGGAGAAGAAAAAGGCUGAAUAUGGAGAAAAAAUGAAGAACAAAGUAGCUUUGAUUCACAAAGAAGCAGAAGAAAAGAAGGCAACGGUGGGAGCGCAGCGUUCGGAGGAACUGCUUAAAGCGGAGGAGACAGCAGCCAAAUUCCGAGCAACUGGAACCAUCCCAAAGAAAUUUUUGGGAUGUUUUUGAAAGUUUUUGUUUGUUUUUUUUUAUAAGUAUAUGUAUUUUCCUGUCUUUAAGUGUAAAUCUUCAUGGUUGUUGGCUGUGGUUCUUUGUUUUGUUUGUAUAAAAUGUAAGAGUGGUUUUGGCUUUUGUUUGUGUGUCUGUUGUUGUUCUUCUGUUCCUUCAGUUAGGAGCGCAAAAAUUAAAGUUCAAAAGCUGAUUUUCCAGACAUUAUGCAUACCAAUUUCCAGUCAUGAGAUUGUAGAUAAAAUAAAAACACUAAAAAAA